AUGGCUCCAACCAAAUCAUCAUCAGGAGGCUCGAAAGUAUCAGCACAUCGUAUAGGUUCAUUACUAUUUUGUCCGGCCUGUGGAACGCUGUUAGAUUUACCAAGGGACGAUCAAGAUGAGAUCGCUUGUCAUCAAUGCGGACGAAGGGAACCUGCAUCUUCGUACGAAAACCUUCCAACCAAAACGUAUUCAGCACCAAACGCUUUCCCAAGUGAAUUACGUUCCAAGAGGGCUUUAGUGCAAAAUAAAGUACAUGAUGGUGAAGCUGCUAAAGAUAGGGAUCCAGUGGCACAAGAGAAAUGUCAAAAAUGUGGACAUAUCGGAUUAUCGUAUAAAGAAAUGCAACUUCGUUCAGCGGAUGAAGGAUCGACAAUCUUCUACAAGUGUUUGAAUUGCGGUGAUCAAACUUCCACCAAUAAUUAG